AUGUUCUCUCUACUCUCGAGGUCCGCAGCACGCCUUACGACACGACGACCAGUGAUACAGCCUUCGUCAAUCAUCACCGGACCAAGAUCGAUGACUUCACUGAACAACAGCCCAAGAGCCAUGGUCUCGCAUCAGAACCGCAUGUCGCAUCGCUCGCUCAAAAACGACAUCAAAGGACUUGACAGGAACUCGCAGAAUGGUUUCAAGGCGUUGCAGGAAGGCAUCAAAGAGGUUGACAGGAACUCGCAGAAUGGUUUCAAGGCGUUGCAGGAAGGCAUCAAAGAGGUUGACAGGAACUCGCAGAAUGGCUUCAAGGCGUUGCAGGAAGGCAUCAAAGAGGUUGACAGGAACUCGCAGAAUGGUUUCAAGGCGUUGCAGGAAGGCAUCAUGGCGUUACAAGAGGGAAACAAGGCGUUGCAGGAGGGUACCAAGUCGAUCCAGAGGGGUCUGCAGAUGAACAGCGAGGCAUUACAGGAGGGAAACAUGGCGCUGCAAGAGAUGAACGAGAAGAUGGCAAUUCUUAUACAGCACACCAAGCCUCGGUCGUUCUGGACGACAUUAUUCUUGUAG